GCUACCUCAGGAAGGAAAGCUCUCAUCACCGUUAUGUUCACUGCUGCCAACCUGUCCUCUGCAUCUCCCACAUUUUUUUGGGGACAAAUUAUUUCAUCUGCACCUCUCAGUUUGUGUGUUUAACGAGUUUAUUAGCCAGUUGUCAUUUUGCUCGCAGCCUCUUUAGCCUAUCUGCAUUGACAAAAAAAACCUCCAUACUUCCAUACCUUCCAUACCUCCGACAUGCACCUGGAUAGGUGAGGUGUGCAUCCAACACAUAGGGAGAUAUCACCCGGUUUUUUUUUUUUUUUACAAGAGCGCGCGUUUCUCUCCCUGUGACCACCCUUUUUUGGCAGAUCACCCUCCGAUGCAAUUAACCCAGGAAGAAGACUUUGUCAAGGGGGACUCAACGCCGACCACAGCAGCUCUCCAGUCCGACGGCAGCGCCGGAUCACCGGUCAAAAUGUGCAGUGAAUGUUACGUGAAUCAGACAUUUGUGCACGAUGAUGGGACCGUGAACAAUCACAAGCAACGCUCUUCUCCAGCACCGCUCCAGACCAACGUCAACAGCAGCGGGGUUAUCUUGGACAUCUCCACUCUUACUAUGGAGCAGCAGGAGAGUGAGGAGGUGCUUCCGCUGCCUCCCCGCUUCCGCUUCAGAGACCUACUGCUCGGGGACCAGAGCUUCCAGAAUGAUGACAGAGUGCAGGUGGAGUUUUAUGUGAAUGAAAACACCUUCAAGGAACGUCUGAAGCUUUUCUUCAUCAAAAACCAAAGAUCAAGCCUUCGGAUUCGUGUGUUUAACUUCUCCCUGAAGCUGCUCACCUGCCUGCUGUACACCAUCCGAGUGGUGACCGAUAACCCGGGUCAAGGCGCCAGCGCCAGUCACAGCGCAGGACAGCAGAACGCUCCCAGUGGCAACAACAAAUGUGUCGACUGCCAAUGGAACGGAUCCGUGCAGGACAGAGAAAUUAACUGGGAUUUGAUCUUCUGGGUGGAUAGAAAGAUUCCUGUCUGGGCCAUUCAAGUGAUUGUGGCCAUCAUUAGUUUCCUGGAGACUAUGUUACUAAUGUAUCUGAGCUACAAGGGGAACAUCUGGGAGCAGAUAUUCCAAGUGUCCUUUCUUCUAGAGAUGAUCAACACCGUUCCCUUCAUCAUUACGAUCUUCUGGCCCUCAAUCAGAAACAUCUUCAUUCCCGUGUUUCUCAACUGCUGGCUGGCUAAGUGUGCUUUGGAGAACAUGAUCAAUGAUGUCCACAGAGCAAUCCAGAGGACCAACUCAGCCAUGUUCAACCAGGUCCUAAUUCUCAUCUGCACCCUGCUCUGCCUGGUCUUCACUGGCACAUGUGGAAUCCAGCACCUGGAGCGAGCAGGCAAAAAUCUCUCCCUCUUCAAUUCCUUCUACUUCUGCAUUGUCACCUUCUCCACCGUGGGCUUUGGAGACGUCACCCCCCGCAUAUGGCCCUCGCAGCUGUUGGUGGUCAUCAUGAUCUGUGUGGCUCUGGUGGUGCUGCCUCUGCAGUUUGAGGAGCUGAUGUACCUGUGGAUGGAGAGACAGAAGUCUGGAGGGAAUUACAGCCGCCACAGAGCACAGACGGAGAAACACGUAGUGCUGUGUGUCAGCACACUAAAGAUAGACCUGCUCAUGGAUUUUCUCAAUGAAUUAUAUGCCCAUCCUAGACUGCAGGAUUACUAUGUAGUGAUCCUGUGCCCAAGUGAAAUGGACCUCCAGGUCCGGAGAGUGCUUCAGAUCCCUCUGUGGUCUCAAAGGGUCAUCUAUCUACAAGGAUCUGUUCUCAAAGACCAGGACCUGCUAAGAGCUAAAAUGGAUGACGCAGAGGCUUGUUUCAUUCUAAGCAGUCGUAACGAAAUGGAUCGCAUGGCUGCGGACCAUCAAACCAUCCUGAGAGCCUGGGCAGUGAAGGACUUUGCUCCAAAUUGCCCCCUUUAUGUCCAAAUACUUAAACCUGAAAAUAAGUUUCAUGUAAAAUUUGCAGAUCAUGUUGUUUGUGAGGAGGAGUUCAAAUAUGCCAUGUUGGCUCUUAACUGUGUGUGUCCGGCCACCUCCACCUUGGUCACGCUCCUUGUACACACCUCCCGCGGACGAGAAGGACAACAGUCUCCGGAGCACUGGCAGAGGAUGUACGGAUGUUGCUCUGGCAACGAGGUCUACCACAUCCGAGUGUGUGACAGCAAGUUCUUUGGAGAGUAUAACGGCAAAAGCUUUACAUACGCCUCCUUUCAUGCUCACAAGAAGUACGGCGUGUGUCUGAUUGGUAUAAAGAGGGAAGACAACAAGAGCAUCCUGCUGAACCCUGGCCCGCGCCACAUCAUGGCUGCCACAGACACGUGCUACUACAUCAACAUCACUAAGGAGGAGAACUCAGCCUUCAUCUUCAACCAGGAGGAGAAGAAGGGCCGCCCUGCCGGGGGACGCUAUGACGGGCCCUCGCAGCUUCCUGUACACAGCAUCAUCGCUAGCAUGGGCACUGUUGCCAUGGAUCUUCAGAAUACGAGUCCACCUGACGUCUCAGGUGGUAGACUGGUCCCACCUGCAUUAAAUGGAACAGAGGGCCGCAGGCCAAGCAUCGCUCCAGUUCAGGAGAUCGCCGACUCCGCCUCAAUUCUGCCAUGUGACCUCCUCAGUGACCAAUCAGAAGAUGAUUCUGUCUUCACAGAUGAAAAAGGCCACUCAUCUACUGAGUACGUGAAAGGUUAUCCCCCUAACUCGCCGUACAUUGGGAGCUCGCCUACCUUGUGCCAUCUGUUGGCUGAAAAAGCACCGUUUUGCUGCCUACGACUUGACCAGGGUUGCAGGCACAACAGCUUUGAGGAUGCUAAGGCUUAUGGUUUUAAAAACAAGCUCAUCAUUGUGUCUGCUGAGACUGCAGGGAACGGUCUUUAUAACUUCAUAGUGCCCCUCAGAGCUUAUUACAGACCGAGGAAAGAACUCAACCCCAUUGUCUUGCUGCUUGAUAACUCUCCAGAAAAUCACUUUCUGGAGGCCAUCUGCUGUUUUCCUAUGGUCUACUACAUGGCUGGGACCAUAGACAAUCUGGACAGCUUGCUGCAGUGUGGCAUUAUCUACGCCGAUAAUUUGGUUGUUGUGGAUAAAGAGAGUACGAUGAGUGCUGAGGAGGACUACAUGGCCGAUGCCAAAACUAUUGUCAAUGUACAGACGAUGUUCAGGUUGUUUCCCAGUCUCAGCAUUAUCACAGAGCUUACUCAUCCAUCCAACAUGAGAUUCAUGCAGUUCAGAGCAAAGGACUGCUAUUCACUGGCCCUCUCCAAGCUGGAGAAGAAAGAGCGUGAUAAAGGUUCCAACUUGGCCUUCAUGUUUCGCCUACCCUUCGCUGCAGGGAGAGUAUUCAGUAUCAGCAUGCUGGACACCCUGCUGUAUCAGUCUUUUGUGAAGGACUACAUGAUCCUUAUUGCAAGGUUGCUGCUGGGGCUGGACACCACUCCAGGAUCAGGAUACCUCUGUGCUAUGAAAGUAACAGAGGAAGAUCUGUGGAUUAGUACUUAUGGUAGAUUGUUCCAGAAACUCUGCUCCUCUAGUGCUGAAAUUCCUAUCGGGAUCUAUCGGACAGAAUCCCACAUUUUCUCGACUUCUGAGUCGCAGGUAUCAGUCAGUGUUGAUGACUGCGAGGACACCAAGGACAAGGGGGACGAGUCUCGCAGCAAUGAUCAAUCCGAUCACCCUCUGCUGAGGAAGAAGAGCAUGCAGUGGGCACGGCGUCUGAGUAAGAAAAGCAUGAAGCGGCAGGGAGUGAGCCGCGACUCGAGCAAGGACCACGCCCAGCGCAUCGCUCAGCAGCGCCUCAACUUCUACCGACGCUCUGAGAGAGAAGAGCUGUCUGAGCUGGUCCGCAACCGCAUGAAACAUCUGGGCCUCCCCACCUCUGGAUAUGAAGACCUCACUAAUCUGACAGCCAGCGACGUCAUGAACAGAGUUAAUCUAGGAUACCUACAAGAUGAGCAGAAUGAUCACCAAAACACCUUGUCCUACGUCUUGAUCAACCCGUCUCCUGACACCAGGCUGGAGCUCAAUGACAUUGUGUACUUGAUUCGUUCAGACCCUCUGGCUCACGUCCCAGAGGUGCCUCCUGUCCACAGAAGCAGCUUGAGAGAGACACAUGAGGGCAGCAUGGACGCCAGAGAGGACACCCAGCUCUGAUUCCAUCAUGACCUUCACUGGUACACUCUUUCGUAAUCACCCCCUUCAGCUUUGAUGGGGGUCUGGUUGCAGCCAUGCAGGUUCAGUCUGAAAGAGAACAAUUUGUGCUACAAUGUUCCAGCACUGCAGUCUAUAACUGUAUUAUAUGAGUGCCUACUGUUUGGCAGGUGACAUUUAACCUCAUCUGUGACGUCAUCCUUUUGCUACAAUGUAAGAAUAGUGCAUUCGUUGCUAUGAAAGCGUGUUGAUCGUCAGGGACAAGCUUGUUAACACAAUAAUUCAGCUAAGUAAAAGGAUUUGAAUCUGUUCCAUCACAUCUGCAGCAUUGCCCUUGAUUAGAGUGUGUUAGAGAGAUUCACCAAACAAAAGAACCUUUGAUUGAAGUGAAUUGUAUAUUUUGCUUCUGCUCUUCCCGGUUGUGGCUCCCUUGGGAAAGAACAAGUUGGACAUCAAAAUUAGAGAUUUUAGGACGCAGAGUAUUUUUUUUGCAGGCUUUAUUUAACAGAAAUCAGGUGCAAUUAUUCUUAAUUUCACAGGGCCAGAUACACUCACCUUUUCCCCACCAAUAUAAAAUAUAAUCAUAAAAUUAAAAAAAAAGGUUUAACAGUAUGUGACUAUGACUAUGUGAAUGUAAAUAAAUAUGUGCAGUAAAGCUUUCCUUUAAAGCUUUUUUCUGUAGCUGAACCAUAGAAGUACAUAUUUGUUCAGUGGUGUAGAGGUCUUGAUUAGUAUGUUUUGUACAAACAAUGAUGGUUACUUAUAUGUUUCUCUGCAGUGCUUUUCUUAGGUUGGAUGAGGUUUUUGCACUACAAGUGCUUAGUUCAACCCUUUUAACAGGUCGUGCCAUACAGUCAGUAUUGUGCCAUAAAGGAUUUAUUUGAUUUGUUUUAUAUAAUUGUAACCAGAAAACCUCAUUUUACUUUCAGCACUGCUCAGUGAAAGAAUGUGCUUAUGAAUUUACAUUUUGUGGCUGUUUGGACAAGGUAUGCAUUUCUAAAAUACUACAUCUUGUACACAAGAAUGUUUAACUUCAUCCAUAUUUAAAUAUUGAAAAUAUUUGUACUGGAGUUUUAUUUUACUUUGCACAUUAAAGUGCUAUAUUAUGAAAAAAUAAUUUUGAAACUGUUAGUGUGAGUUGUCUGAUAAUUUAGCCUUAGUACUGCUACAUGUCUUACCAUACAAAUGGCAAUUUAAAGGAAUAGUUUUAGGAAUUUGCUGAGAUUUAAAUGAGAAGCUCAACACCACUCAGGUCUGCAAUUCUACUCUUGUGUGUACACUAAAUGUUAAGCUACAGCCAGGAGAAUGUUAUCUUGGAUUAGAUGCUAAAGGCUGGAAAUGGGUAAACAGCUAAUGUCAGAAUUCAAUGAAGAUUCAUCACAGUUACCAGCCUAAAUGGAAAGCGGAAGGCCACAUCAGAGUAACACUGAGGUCUGUGUGAAACACAGUUUUGUAGUAAAUAUACUCUAUAAACUAUAAAUAAAAUAACUAAAUAAAAGGAGAGAUAAUUGUGAAGUAGAUGUGAAGGACAAGGAGAUGUUAACGGAAAGCAGGUAGGAGAAGCACAGAGAGAAGGGUUAGAAGAUAAGAAAGUAGGAGGUAGCGGUGUGACUAACAUGUGAGUCACAUUACUGGCAACCAAGAGUGGAGACGAGCUCUAAUCAGGCAACUCAAGUGGAAACACCUGUGUUGUUUUAAUGUGGGUGCAGUGGCUUGAUAUAUUGUUUGUGGAAGAAUAAACUGCAAACGGGAGAACAGGUGAGGCAAUAUAACUAGUAAGAGCAGGGCAAUGACUUAAAUCAAUCCCUAGUUGCUAUAUAGUGCACCAUUUACUGCCUCUCUUGUCACUUUAAUUCUCUAUAUUAUAUAGUGCUCUGCAACACACUACCUUCUGCUAACAAAUGCUGGUACACUUCCUUGGAACAUGUUGCUUAAUAACGGUUCCUGCUGUAGGAUGUAUGAUUUUGUAGUUUUUGCAGGUUAAAGAAAGAAAAAAAAAUGUUCCUCGCAGAUUUUUUUUUGGGGGGGGGGAAUAGCAUACUAUAUAUUCCUUGUCUCAUCCGUACAAGCACUAAAGUGUUAAAACACCAAGUUGUAGUUUUGUGCAGGACUGUUUCUUGGCCGAGACCAGGGACCUCUUUAUAGAUUAAACUAAAAUGUAACAUGUAAAUUAUUGAGCUUUAGAGAUGAUUGCGUUUUUCCUGA